AUAUUAUAAUUAUUGACACACCAACUAGUCCAGUCGUCACUGGUUCUUUAAUUACAAUCACUUGGGGGAUUGCUGGUACCAUUUCAACAAAACCCUAUGUCUUGGAAAUCAGCAAUAUUGAUACAAAAAUAAGCAAGUCAAUAAAUAAUCCAGUGAACCUUGAAGUCUAUUAUACACAAUGGGUAAUUAACGUUGAUCCAGGAACGUAUAAAUUUGUCAUUCACGACAUCGAUAAUGAUGUUACCUGUUCGUCUGGUACAUUCACUGUUAUAUUAGUGUCUCCAACAUAUCCACCUUCCUUAAAUUCACCAAAUACUCCGCCUCAAAUAUCUCAAAUACCUCAAAAUUCUCAAAUAUCUCAAAUACCACAAAACUCUCAAAUAUCUCAAAUACCUCAGGCCUCUCAAAUAUCUCAAGCUAUAGCUACAAUUUAUUCUUCUACUAUAACUACAGUUCAAACUCGUUCUCUACCCAACAUACCUUCUUCUAAAACUGGUUCAUUCAGUCCUGGAAUUAAUCCUAUUCAUACUGACACAAGUAAUUCAAUUAAAUCUGUGAAUAUUCUGGGUUUUAUUGGUAUAACAGCCGGUGUAAUUGCUGGAAUUAUGUUAAUAACGACUGGCUCCAUAAUGUUAGCAAGGAGAAGAAGUCUUUAA